GGCCGGAGUUACGGCUGUCCAGAAACGCGUUUACCCCGACAGGCACGUCUCCACAAGAUCACAGGAAGCCAGGAAAGCGCCUUGGAAGACCGGAAGUUGUUCGAUCACGUGACCUUCUUUAGCCCUCCGAACCCAGAUGUCCAGCAAGGUGGCCAUCAGCAGUGACACUGGACAGGCCCGCCGGGCAGUGGAGCAGCUGCAGAUGGAGGCAGGCAUCAACCGAGAGGUGAGGGUCGGGGCUGGUGCAGGAGGUGGGAAGACGUGGGAACACAUGGGCCAGCGCAUAGGUGCAUGCCCAGGUCUGGCUGACUGGGUUGGUCUGCAGGUGUCCAAGGCAGCUGCCGAUCUGCUGCAGUUCUGCAUGGAGCAGGCCAAGAGCCCUUUCCUUGUGGGCAUCCCAGCCACUACCAACCCCUUCAAGGAGAAGCCCUGUGCUAUCCUAUGAACCCAGGACAACGUCCCCCCUGUGGCCUGAGCAGACCAGGGGGCCUCAAUAAACAUGAAGUGAAUAAUUCUCAGGGCAUGGCUGGGCCGGGCUGAGAUGGCAGACCAGAGGGACUUUGGGCUUGCAGGGGCCAGGCGCACACCUGGCCCAGCCUCCUCCCUGGCCUGCCCCCAGGGUCACAGUCACAGCAGCACACACACACACCCUGGAGCCCCAGUGGAGAGCACAUUGUCCCUCUUGCCCUCCCCAGCACCCAUGGGAGCCUGAGCAGGUGCCCUCUCCCACCAUGCAAACAAAUGUCAAGGAUUUGAGUCCUAAUCUACACGUCAUAUGUCGCACACACAGAAGUGACAUCAUAGACACAGGUGCUCACAGUCUUCAGGACUCUGCCUCUUCAAACAAAUGCACAGCAGCAGCUGGCAGGCACCCCCUAGCCCAGCCUUGUAAUCUCUCCCAGUCACUCCCACACAGGCCUGCAGCCCCCCAAGCCCCAAGCAGGCUCAGGCCAAGCCCCGGCGGGCAAACCACACUCAUACUGCAGGUCCAAGCACCAACACGUCAGGUUUAUUUCUCUUUCACUCUCACCUGAGAGCGGUACAUCCAAAUCAUAACAAAACCAGGCCCCCCCCUUCCCACAAAAAAAACCAGGGCCCUAGGGUAGGGAGCAGCCCCCUGGGUGGGCCUGAAUCCCAACUUCAACCCCGUAUGUAUAGGGCCCAGACCAGAACCUUCACCCGAAUGUGGCCAGGACUCCUUGUGCCCUAGGCCCUGUGGGGGAGACAGGCAGCACCAAUGUUGGGGAUGGUCCCCCAAGAACAGAGGCCGAGGCCCAGCCACCAGCCGGCAGUAUCCACAUCCACGUCCACCUGCUCAGGCCUGCAGCCUCCAGACCUCUAGCGACAGGCCCCCAGAGGCAGCCACCACCAGGUUGCCCUCAGCACAGACCUGGGAGGGGACAGGGACAUGAGGAGUCAGGGACAGUGGCAUUCUGGCCAGCUGGGCAGGGCACGUGGGGCAGGACCUUACCUUGGUGAACCCAUUGUCGUGCCUUCGGGUGCAGAUGGUCCUUGGCGGGUCUGUGGGCACGUGCACCUGGUGAGGGGCAACGGGCCAAGGUCAAGAGGGGUGCCCCUGGCUGAUGGAGGUGGGGAGGGCAGGGGCUGGGCAGGAGCCUCACCCGGAGGGUCUUGUCAGUGGAUGCAGUAUACAAGGCUCCCAGUGAGUACUGGAUCCCAGUGAUGUGAGACCUGUGGCCCACGUUGAAGGACUGCGGGAGGAGGUCAGGUGACACUCAGGUGGGCCUCUCCCAACUGCACCCCCCAACACCACCGGGGGCCCAGGGGUAGGAAGGAGGCCUGAAGGGGAGGGAUGGGCAGGGGCAGGAGCCCCAGCAGACCCGGACAUGCUGGAAGCAGCCGUUGCGGUUGGCGAAGACGUGCAGCAGGCCCUCGUUGUCACCAGUCCAGAGCUGCAUGUCCUGGUGGGACAUGCAGAGCAGGUAGGAGUCCAGCUGUGAGAGGGACAAGGGACAUGGCAGCUCAGGCCAGACUGGGCCUGUGACCAUCCCCAUCCCUCCAGGCCCCUGGAGAGGGCCCACCUGCAGCCGCUGCAGGACUCUGUUGGCUCGGCGGUCAACCACCACCAGGGUGCGGUCCUCGCUGCCUGAGAUGAUGUGCUGGUCAUCUGCCAGCAGGGCCAACACAGGGCUAGAGUGUAGUCGCUGGCUCUUCAACAGGGCUGGGCCGGCUUCAUGGGCAAUGGGCCAGGGAGGAGGGAAAUCAGAGCCCCUCAAAGGUCCCCCCAGCCCAGGGGAGCAUCCUGGGUCUCCAUUCUGUCUGGCAAAACCCUUGAUCUGCUCAUUCCCCCACUCCACAGAGUGACCCAUCUCUCCUUUCCUGCCUCAGCUAAAUCCAGGCCUCUGCCCAUCCCUGUCCCCAUCCCAUAGCCCUCCUCCAGUCUCAGCUACUGUUCUCAGCACGGAGCUGACCAAGGUGGUCUCAGUCUUGCAUCUGCCCUCAGGUUGGCCUGAAACACACCUCUACCCCACAGCCCUGCUCCAGCUCUGCCUGGACAAGGUACACGGGCCCUUCAAUUAAACAAAAUAAGAAUGAAUAUAGGCCAGGCACAGUGGCUCACACCUGUAAUCUCAGUACUUUGGGAGGCUGAUAUGGGCAGAUCACCUGAGCCCAGGAGUUCAAGACCAGCCUGGGCAAUGUGGCAAGACCCCGUCUCUAUUUGAGAAAAAAAGAAAAAUGGCCAGGCGCAGUGGCUCACACCUGUAAUCCCUGCACUUCGGGAGGCAGAGGUGGGUGGAUGUGAGGCCAGGAGUUCAAGACCAGCCUGGCCAACAUAAUGAAACCUCAUCUCUACUAAAAAUACAAAAAUUAGCUGGGCAUGGUAGUAGGCACCUGUAAUCCCAGCUACUUGGGAGGCUGAGGCAGGAGAAUUACUUGAACCCCGGAGGCAGAAGCUGCAAUGAGCCGAGUUCAUGCCACUGCACUCCAGCCUGGGCAACAGGCUAGAGUAAGACUCCAUCUCAAAAAAAAAAAAAAGAAAGAAAA